AUGUCUAAUUCUACCCCAAACGCACGCGGCCGUCGGUCACCAUUUGGGACUACUACCCCAUCUGGGGAUACAACAUUGACAGGACUCCAACGCCUUCCUAUCCAUACACGCUACCCUCUUACACCAAGUCGACUUGUUACCGCAGCCACCCCAGGCACCCAACGGUCCGCAUCUCGAUACACACCACGCACUCGAGGAGUGGGUGCGCCAGCAACACCAUACGGACUUCGUGCCCGGCAACAACGAGCGGCGAAUACCCCUGGUCGGGAUCGGCGACGAAGCGGCAGAAUGCAGCGGGAGACUACAUUCGAUAUUCUUCGAAAUCUGGGCAGAGCACUCGCUCCUGUAUCUCAGCCUAUCCGCUCCUCACCGCAGGACAAGCCAGAGCCUAUCGAAGAGCCAAUUGAUGAAUUUGAACAGCUUGAUAAUGAGCCAGAAAUCGAGCGACCACGGUUAUCUCUACCUAUUCAGGAGUCCGAGGAAGAAGGCGAAGAAGCGAGCCCUGAAAUACCACCCCCGAGAAUGUCUCUCGCCUUCGCCGAAGAGGAUAUGGAUCUUACCUAUCAGUCUGUUGAAUACCCUCGCGACGCUAGCAUCAGAGACCGGGAUCGGCUAUCAAUGAUGAGCCGAGCUACCGGCAGAAUGAGUGGUGAUUUUGACGAGACACGAUUAGAAAGCGAUGAUGCAGAUGAGACUGGUAUUAUGGGUGAGGAUGACGAGGCAGAGGACACAAUGAUCAGUGGGGGCGACUUUGAUAGAGGUGGUGAGACCGAAGACCUGGGCCGCUUCCAUUUUGAUCUCAACUUUCCAUCUCCUGCGGCUGCUCCACUUGAAGACCCCACUGAUGAUGAUGACGAUGUGGGAGGUGAUUUCGGGUUCGGACUCGACUUCCCACCCGCAGCAUCCCCUAGUGAGAGCCCAGGCAUUGUUGGAGGUGGAUUGCGAGAUGAAGCCAUUCCUGCUCAGAGCAAGCAAAAGAAGAUUUCUCGACAUGGUAUCCCUGUUCCAAACUUGCCUUCAGGUGUGGUAAAAAAGCUAGCGACUCGCUUUGCGCGUUCGGGGGCUGGAUCAAAGGCGAAAAUAAACAAGGCCGCGCUGGAUGCAAUUGAGCAGGCAUCCUCAUGGUAUUUUGAGCAAGCAAGCCAAGAUUUGGCUGCGUAUUCAAAGCAUGCGGGACGGAAGACAAUUGAUGAGAGCGACGUCACCACAUUGCUGAGAAGACAACGCCAUAUCAACAAUUCGACGACAGUGUUUUCUCUCGCCCAGAAGCAUUUACCCAAAGAACUUCAGCAAGACAUGAGAUUGGCCAUGCCUCCGUGA